CCGGUUAUCAAGAAACAAGCAACCUGGAAAGCGCAUAGUGAUGCAAGAGUUGGGCAAUUUUUCACUCAUGUAUCACCUCCGCAUUUCGCUGUACCAAUGUAUUCCCUGGUAGGGUCUUGUUCAACUUGCAGCGACAGCGGCCUGGAAAAGAAAGAAAAGAAGAAAGAAAGAAGUAGGCUCCACUUUACAUCGCAGUUGUUCUCCAUCUCUGCUUCCCGAUACGGCAAAAACGGCCUGCCAAGCGUCGAAUCCAACAUCGUUGACGUCGAUGAUUUUUGUCAAAGAAGGUACAACCUGUGGAACUAUUGCUCCGAAAACGUGGAAAUUUCUGUGCGAUCCGUAUAUUCCUGCAUUUUGGUGUGGCGGCAAGACGCGGCCUAAUGGUUCUCCAUCACUGAAUGGAAGCGUAGCGUAUCUGCUCCGACCAUCUUGUCGAUCAUAUUAAGCAAGCUGUCUCACUCACUCACUGCCUUCUUCACUUUCCUCUCACUUCCUCUUCCUUGCUAUUUCUCACCGCAACACCUAUUUCGAGGGAUUCCAUCAGAUCAAAAACAUCCCUUCUUUGAUCCUACCUCACAAACACACCAAGGGUUAGUUGACUUGACCGCAGAAGGGCAACGAAAUGGCGUCCUUAAAAGAUAUCGGGGACACCCUCAGCAAGGGCAAGUCAUACGUCAUGCAUUCACAGGGCGACAAGAUUUCCGACCUCGCGAGGAAUACAGUGACCCCGGACGAGAAGGGAAGACAGACCACAGACGCCGGUGUCAGGAUUACCAACCCUGAUGACUGGCUGCGCGUCACCAGCAACGACCAAAUAGGCCCCUCGCUGCUUGAGGACCAGAUUGCUCGCGAGAAGAUUCACAGGUUCGACCAUGAGCGUAUUCCCGAGAGAGUGGUGCACGCCCGCGGCACUGCGGCACACGGAAAGUUCACUCUGCACAAGAGCAUCGAGCACUUGACCACAGCUGGCGUGCUUACAGACACAUCGCGUGAGACACCUGUUUUCUUGCGCUUUUCGACCGUUCUGGGCAGCCGAGGCAGCGCCGACACAGUCCGUGACGUUCGUGGUUUCGCCGUCAAGUUUUACACGCCCGAAGGCAACUGGGAUAUCGUCGGAAACAACAUUCCAGUCUUCUUCAUCCAGGACUCGAUGAAGUUCCCCGAUGUCAUCCACGCCGGCAAGCCCGAGCCAGACAACGAGGUCCCUCAGGCCCAAUCCGCACACAACAACUUCUGGGACUUCAUGUACCAGCACUCCGAGGCCACCCACAUGUUCAUGUGGGCCAUGUCGGACCGCACCAUCCCGAGGUCGUACCGCAUGAUGCAAGGUUUUGGUGUCAACACCUACACCCUCAUCAACGCCAAGGGAGAGCGUCACUUUGUCAAGUUCCACUUCACCCCGGAACUUGGCGUACACAGCUUGGUCUGGGACGAGGCCCUCAAGCUUGCCGGUCAGGACCCUGACUUCCACCGCAAGGAUCUGAUGGAGGCCAUCGCAAACGGUGCAUUCCCACGCUGGAAGUUUGGUGUCCAGGUUCUUCCCGAGUCGCGCGAGCACGAGUUUGACUUUGACAUUCUCGACGCCACCAAGGUUUGGCCCGAGGACCUCAUCCCCGUCGACUACAUCGGCACCCUCGAGCUCAACCGCAACAUCGACGAGUUCUUCCCCGAGACGGAGCAGGUUGCCUACUGCACCAGCCACGUCGUGCCUGGUAUCGGCUUUUCGGACGAUCCGCUCCUGCAGGGUCGCAACUUCAGCUAUUUCGAUACCCAGAUCUCACGUCUUGGCAUCAACUGGGAGGAGCUGCCCAUCAACAGGCCAGUUUGCCCGGUGCUCAGCUUCAACCGUGACGGCCAGAGCCGCCACACCAUCACCAAGGGCAAGGUCAACUACUGGCCCAACCGUUUUGGCGUAAAUGCGCCAGCCGAUGGUGUCAAGGAGGGUGGAUAUGUCGAGCACGCCACCAAGGUCCAGGGCAUCAAGGCGCGCACCAAGAGCGCCAAGUUCCUCGACCACAUCUCGCAGGCUCAGCUUUUCUUCAACAGCAUGUCUGAUGUUGAAAAGCGCCACAUGCUGGCCGCCUUUUCGUUUGAGCUUGACCACUGCGAAGAGGAGGUUGUGUACAACAACCUCGUCUCGCGUCUGACUCAGAUUGACAUCGGCCUCGCCCAGCAGGUGGCCGAGAUGGUCGGUGCUCAAAUCCCGGACAAGGCGACCAAGGAAAACAAGGGUAUCAAGGCCAAGGGCUUGAGCCAGUUCGACUUCUUGCCCGAGAAUCCCACCAUUGCAUCACGCAAGGUCGCCAUUCUGAUCGCCGACGGCUACGACUCGGUUCAGUUCCGCGCUGUCAAGGCCGCCCUCUCGGCUGCCCAGGCUAUUCCGCUCGUGAUCGCGCCCCGACGUUCGCCCAUCUACGCUGCUGGCGAGACCAAGGGCUCCAGUGGUGCCGGUCUCAAACCCGACCACCACCUCGAGGGCUUCCGAAGCACCAUGGUGGACGCCGUGUACGUGCCCGGCGGCGCUGAGUCAAUCAAGACAUUGUCCAAGAACGGACGUGCCUUGCAUUACGUUCGCGAGGCAUUUGGUCACCUGAAGGCCAUUGGAGCGUCGGGCGAGGGUGUGGAGCUCGUCAAACUGGCUGUGACGCUUCCGGAAGUCACUGUGUCAAGCGCAGACGUGAUGGAGUCGUACGGCGUUGUCACUGUCAGGAAUGUUCAGGCUGACAGCUUGAAGGAGGUUGUCGACCUGGCAAAGGGUGGAAAGGACUUUUUGGAUCAGUUCUUCCACAGCAUUGCAAUGCACAGGAACUGGGCACGUGAGGCGGAUGGAUUGAACUCCCAGGUGGCGUACUAAGCGGAGAAAGCGGGUGGAGUUUUUGUCACGAUGUAAUGACUGUUUGUGUUCCAAGUUCAGGUACCUUCCCGGGCAUUGAGAUGCCGACCUUGAACAGGCCAUUCCCGCGGGGGUAAUUUGAGCCACCAAUCUCAUGUUCUUCCGUGUUGUGAAGUCGGUAUAAUGUGAUCCGGUCCUUUCACUUGUUUGGAUGCCAUUGUGCAAUACGCUUUGCCUAAGCUUGCCUGUUCUCUCGAUCAAGUGCAUUUCAGUAGCAUAAAUUGCAGCCCUGGUUUCUCCUCACGCUCGCUCAAUCGGAGUAGGGAAAUCUCAUAUGGAGUAACACUCCGUGAUGAGGCCACACCUAGAUUGCAUCACACAACUCCUCAAUUAGGACAUUUACCCGUGUGGCCUGUCCUACGUGCCCCCGAGGCUGGCAUUUGGUAGCUUAUCAAUAAUUACGAGGUAACAAUUUCUCCUCGUCACCCCUCAAAAGACGACCGCAAAGUAGCAGUAGCAUCCUUCUUUUCCGGCCGGGUCGGACAGAACCGAAGAAAGUCUGUGUUGAAAUUGACGCAGUGGCUCGCUCCACCCGCAACAAAGUCAAGGGCCAGGUUUGAUGCUGACGGAGUCCAACCUGGCUGAUAUCCACCGGCGGUGGUACGGCAUGACUUGCGUCUCUCAGAGUGCCUUCCUUGGCCGGUUGUGAUCCCCCGAGAUUCAUCCUGCUCUUGGGGUUAGCGUCUUUCUGUUGACCGGGCGAUCGUCCGGCCUCGAUCUCGAGUUGAGUGCCGGGUGUCUAGUCCUCUUAGGGCAAGGACGGAAAUCCCGCCCCCGUUGGAGGGUUUGUGGGGUGGCAAGGCUAAUAAAAAAAAAAAAAAAAAAAAAACUUAAGAUUGAACAAAGGAACCUUUAUAUAUCGUACCUGCUCCUUACCGCCUUUCCCGAGGUACUGACUAGGUUAUCCAAGCACUCGAUUUGUAGUUCAGAGCGCCUGAGGGGAACCGACCAAAUCUCAGUGCGACCUCCUUGGCAAAAAAGGGGGCAAUUAAUCAAUCGCCACGGGACGAUGAAUGUACCACGUAAAUUCACAACCCUAAAAAAGCUUGGGGGAACACGUAAUUAUUAACUCUAUUCAAGCUUACCCAUACACUCGUCACCAGAGCAAACGUGUAAUUCGUAUGUGGUAUAUUAAUAUUAGAAAUACUUGUCCUUGUGACGAUCUUUGAGCCAAAAGAUAUCAAUCAUGUUUGUAAAAAUAAAAAUAAAAACAUCAAAAAAAAACCUACAAAGUAUACCCUCAAGGGUCUGUCCGGUCUAGGCCUCCAUUCGCCUCCAGACAUACAUGACAAGAAAGGGG